AUGGAGUGGUUUCCAUACCAUGCUUUCUACGGGCUGAUCCACAAGGUUGGAUCGCCUCCCAUGGUAGGCGUCAUCACGCUGACGCCAUUCGCCCCCAUCUACUACGCUAUGGGAAACCCGAUGAACCCGGCGUACAUGCCGGACGUCUGGAUCGGAUACUCCCACCACAUGAGUUUCUGGGAGCGCGCGUACAACGCGUUCUUCUACCUCUGGAUCCACUACGUGUGGUUCUACGAUUUGAUGGCCGGUCAGGAGGCCAUCAUGAGGGAUGUGUUUGGGCCGGACCCUCCGUCAGUGUACGAGACGGAGCGCAACUACAGCCUCCUCAUCGUCAACAACCACUUCUGUCUGGAGUAUCCACGCCCACACCUGCCAAACAUCAUCGAGAUCCCUGGCAUCCACGUGAAAACAGACGUCGAACCUCUACCCAAGGACAUCCAGGAAUUCCUGGACGACGCUAAGCACGGGGCGGUCUACUUCAGCCUCGGCUCCCUCGCCAAGAGCAGCUCUCUACCCUGGGAGAAGGUCCAGGCCUUCGUGGAGGCUUUCCAGGAGCUGCCGCAGAGGGUCCUCUGGAAGUGGGAGAACGACUCCCUGCCGGGGCAGUCAGCCAAUGUGAUGGUCAGCAAGUGGAUACCUCAGCAAGACGUUCUCCGUCAUCCAAACGUGCGUCUCUUCAUCAUGCAGGGAGGUCUUCAGAGCAUGAACGAAGCAGCGUACCACGCGGUUCCGCUUCUGAUCAUCCCGUUCUUCGCUGAUCAGAAGCACAACGCGGCUAAGGUGGAGGAAGCGGAGAUCGGGCUGAAGCUACUACUGGAAGAUAUCACCAAGGACACCGUCUUGCAGCGCACACGUUCCAUCCUUGAUGAUCCAAAGUACCGAGACAACAUGAGGAAACUGUCAGCCAUAUUCCGCGAGCACAAGGCAGAGGCAGAGGAGCGCGCCGUGUGGUGGAUCGAGUACGUGGUACGUCACAAGGGGGCCCCGCACAUGCGCACUGCGGCGCGUGACCUCUACUGGUGGCAGCUGCUGCUGCUCGACGUAAUCGCCUUCCUGCUGCUGGCAGCGGCUGCCAUCUUAUCCGCCGCAUUCUUCAUUGUCCGGCAGAUAAUAGCAGCGGUGAAACGCAGUAAGCGGAAGCACAAGAAGCAAUGA